AAAGAGCUAUAUUAUUCCAUAAUAAGCCACAUCCAAAAAGAGCUAUAUUAUUCCAUAAUAAGCCACAUCCAAAAAAAAAAAAAAAUGAGAACCAUCUCUAAACACAUAGUGAAACCAGCUGAACCAACAUGGAAUGGCCUUCUCCCCUUGACUGAACUUGAUCACAUUUCAGUCAUUACACAUUCGUAUAUAGUAUACUUCUACGAUAAACCAAUUGAACACGAUUCGUUUGUAACAUCGACCAACAAAAUCGUCAAUACUCUUAAGAACUCCUUGAGUCGUGUCUUGGUUCCGUAUUAUCCUCUAGCCGGCCGGUUGAGUUGGAUAGGAGGUGGUCGGUUCAAGCUCGAGUGUAAUGCACUCGGUGCCGAGCUUAUUGAGGUAGAGUCUACCAUGAAAAUCGCCGAUUUUGGUGAUUUUUACUCAUCUAGUGAUAAGUUUUAUAAUCUAUUACCUGAAAUAGAUUAUUGUGGACGUCCAAUCCAAGGCCUUCCUUUGUUAUCCGUGCAAAUUACUAGAUUUGCAUGUGGUGGUCUUAGUGUUGGGCUCGCUAUGUCACAUAUUGUGGCAGAUGGGGCGAGUGCGUUCCGUUUUAUCAAGAAUUGGGCACGGCUCACUCGUGGCGAGCCAUUAGAGGUUGUACCUCUACUAGAUCGACGUAUCCUUCUAGCUGAGGACGCCGAUGAAUCUAGUGUAAGGGAAGAAGUUGAUGAUGGUGGAAGCAUGAAAUUUUUUAGCCAAGUAGGGUUAGGGAAAGUGGGAAAUAAUGUGACUCCAAUUUUUAAACUCCUAACAAAAGAAAAAAUUGAACGACUUAAACAAGUUGCUAACAAUAGCAACAAUGAUAACAAUGGGCAUCCAUACAGUCGUUUUGAGGCUAUUACGGCUUACUGUGUGUGCAAGGCACGACAACUCAAGGGAGAGGACAUUACCACAUUAACUAUUGCUAUCGAUGCACGACGUCGUAUGGAUCCACCAUUACCAUCAAGUUACUUUGGCAAUGCUGUUAUCGACAUUAAUGUAUCAAGUACGGCAGGGGAGAUAAUGUCGAAACCUCUAAGCUAUGCUUGUAGUAAGAUAAGAGAAGCCACAACCAAGGUGAAUAACAAGUUGGUUUUGGAAUUAAUCGACUUUUUAAAAAGCCAACAAAGUCUAAUUAAUCAUCAAUUUUUCGAGGAGCGAGGAAAACAAUAUAGCCCUCCGUCUCCAAGUAUCGACCAUGGUAAAGUAGAGGUCAUAAGUUGGUUGAACCUCGGGUGUUCAGGAGUUGAUUUCGGGUGGGGUUUCGAGACCUACAUGGGGCCUCCUAUGGUCCAUGGUAGAGAUGGCACUUUUAUGAUCACUCCUUUUAAGCUCGAUGGAUCUAUGGUGGUUGGAUUAUUCUUGCGAAAUAAGUCUAAUGUGCAGUUUUGCGAGCUGUUGUAAAGGCGAAAUCACAACGUUGUAAUGCUUCAUCGCAAAUAAGCAAGAAAUUCUGCAUACCGCUAAUGUAAUGCUUUAAUCGUUAGUCAAUGUAUUUCCACAAAAUUUUGAGUUAACCUAUAAAUUAAUAUUUCAUAAGCAUUUCUAAUUCUAGGUGUAUGAAUGCAUGAGUGUAUCCUGUAUCGUUAUGCACGUGUUAUGCAUUGG